AUGAACACCGCCUUCUACCUCUUCCCUCCCGACUUGGUAGCAAUAAUCUUCCUGUUCAUCCCCUUCCGGACCUUUACUGGAGGAACACCCCAGUGUCCUCCCACUACGCCCCCGCCCUCCUGCGGACGACACCCCGCUCAAGCGAGCCGUGACCGGACCUGUCUGCCAGACGCUUGGCAACGGUGUGCACGUCCGGAGGAUCCAGGCGGACUCCAGCGCACCCAGCGCAGCCUCGCAACCAGACGCACUGGUGUAGGCGAUGAACUUGUCGAGAAGUACAGGAGAAGUGUCUUGGACCUGGCUGUCUUAAAAGAACACCUUGCUCUCCAGAGAGAUGUGUCAUGCCAGGCAGUGUCGGUGAGAGAUGAGCUGAAGUACCAGAUAAGAGACUUGAAGCAGGCGCUUUCUCAAGAGAAACUUGACAUGAAGGAUAUCACUGCAGACCUCAGCCGAGAGCAUCAAACCUUACAAAGAGAGCUGGAAGCUAAAGUGGAACAUUUAGAAACAAAUGUUUCCGUGCUUCAGAAACAGCUUGACCAGUGUCAUGCGGAUUUAAAAAAGGAAAGAGAGGUCCGAGAGCGAACAGAAGAGCAGAAAGACGCCCAGAUCUCAGAUCUGCAAAGGAAACUGGACAGUAUGGAGAUGGAGUAUGAGAAAAUCCUGCAUGCCUGCCUGGACCGUUUGCUCUGGUAUUUAUCUGAGGCGCGGAAGCGGUGGAUGGACGAGAGCUCCGUCCUUCACCAAGAGACCAAGGACAUGAUAGCCAAGCUGGGCUUGAACCCGCUCGACAUGUGAAGCAGACCAUGUCAGGUUAGACUAGACGACUGGUAGAAAAUCCUGGCAGUGGUGAGAAGUCACUGGGGAGUUGCCUGAAUGUUAUGUAUAUGGUGACUAACAGUAAUACAAUGAGGGGAUCUGUAGAGCUCACUUACAGCUAAUCAAUAUUCUUUAAUUAGGCAGCCACACGUCGGAGGAGCCUCUCUAAGAGAUUCUCACUUUCUCGGGAAGUAAAAUCAGUAGUGCAUAGAGGCGAACAAAGACCUGGAUACCUACGCUGACACUAAAGUCUGUUGUGAGAUAUAUGUAGUACAGUUACUCUUAAUGCCUGCUGUGAUCACCUGCUGUGAUGGAAGACAGUGCUUUUACAGAAGACAGUAUCAUCAUUAGGAAGUCAUUUGGUAGAUUUAUCGGUGAUCUUAUAUUCUUUUAUCUGAAGGAGGUUUUUAAAAAUUGGUUGGAUCAACAGGUUAGCCUUGCUGAUUUUAAGAAUAGUUAUGUUAGAUGCACAUGAGUAUCUCAAAGCAAAGCUCACAUGCAAGAGUUAUGGGAACCUGUCCAGUGAUUAGAUCUCAAAAAUGACAUCAGUAUCCAGUACUGGUUGACACUGAAUAUGGGCCUUGGAUUAUAUGCUAGUGCAGAGGGGGUGUGGGUAGGGGAGGGGUGCGAGGGGUCAGGGUGCCAAACCCUUAGCCACAGUCGCCAGUCCAGAAUGUUCCACCACUGAGCCUGCAGUACCGCCUGCAGCCUGCAGGGGUCUCUCUGGUUUAAUUUUCUUUCCUUUGUAUACCUCUGAUGAAUUACCAUUUGCUUGAUAUAUGAGACUUUUUUCUGUUGUUUUUAUUUAUUUAUUGCUGAUAAAAACAACAUAAAAGGAAAACCAUGCUUUUAAUGAUUACCCUCACCCAGAACAUUUAUAAAGGUAUGUAACAAAAUUCAUGAGUUUGCUUCUCUUCAUAGGAUGUAAGUGUAUAUAAUGUACUCUCCUUUCCUGCCUGAGUGCCAACUGUGUGUAUAGAUGUAAAUCAAACCACAA